AUGUUUAAAUUUGGAUAGGAGAAAUUCACAAAAAAGACUUUGCCUAAGAAUUUUGCAGAUUAGAUUCUCAAUCUUGAAAUGGAAAUAGAAUUGAACGAGUAAGUUCAAAUAGAACUCAUACAAGAUUUGAUUUCACUUUAUAUGGAAGGAGUAGAAUAUUACGAAUCGAUUAAAGACAGAAGACAUCUUUAUUUUUAGAGAAAGCUUAAUGCACUAAUGUUAAAGCCUACUUUUAUUAAUGCAACUUAGAAAUUUGAAGAAUCUCAUAAACCGUAGGAUGACAAUUAAGUCAAGAGAGCAAAGUUUCAAGAAUAAACUCGCAGGAUAGAGCUUGAUCUCAUUUACAGUCAAACUGAAUCCAAAGAGGCUCAAGUUAAAGGAAUAGUUGACAAUCACACAAAUUAAGUCAUGAAAAUUGAGAGCCUUAUCAAAAAUGAAAUUGCCAAUUAAUCAGAUGUAUUACAAAUGCGUCUUGAAAGACGACGCCGUUCAAAGUUGACCCAUUCUCUAAGUCAACCUGAAAUAGAUCUGCAAUCUCAAAAAUCUGGUAAUAGCAAUAAGAAAAAAUAAAUUGAAUUACACGAGUAAAUAGGUAUUCGCAAUUCAAUAUCCUUUUAAGUGCAAAUCAAAUAAAUCAUUCAUGAGGAAGAUGAGACAGCGGCAAAUAAAAAAGAUUCCACAUUACAAUAGACUAAAGAAAAGAAAUGGGAAAUAAUCCAUUAGGCAUCUUUAAAUUAAGAGAAUAAAAAGCGAACAAAUAGUUUGAUUCAGAGAAGGAGAUCUUUAUUUUUGACGACAAAACAAAUGAUAUAAAUUAAAAGAUCCUUAAGUUGUGGAGCUUAAGAACCUGUAGAAGGACUCAAAAAUGAAUGA